AAGAAGAAGAAGAAGAAAGCAGAGGAAGCUGAUUGGUUGAGUCGCUGAAACUUCGUUUGAAUAUCCGUUGGAUGUUGUUGUGACUGCUCGGCACCAUUCAGUGCGGUUUCCAGUAUUUUAUUAAACAUUUAUACGGGAAUAUUCUUCAAGUCCACGUUGGACCUUGGCUGCAGUAUCUUUCAUCUUGUGGUCUUCAUCUUUGUUGGAGGCAAUGCGUCACGAUUCAUCUGCCAACCGCCGGAAGGGGAAAACCCCUCAACAUCGCCCCCCGCUGGAGGCCCCAGGAACCUCCAGUUCAACGCCCCGGUCCCCAAGACGUAGUGGAGGUUCAAAACAGCCCCCUGUGUCUCCCAGGAAGAGAAGAUUUCGACCAGGGACCAGGGCCUUAAUGGAGAUCCGCAAGUACCAAAAGAGCACUGAUCUUCUGCUCAGGAAGGGACCGUUCUCUCGUCUAGUUCGUGAAGUGUGCCAGAGUUUUUCUAGUGAAGCUCUCCGGUGGCAGGUCUACGCUCUUCUGGCCCUGCAGGAGGCUGCAGAGGCGUUCCUCGUCAUGUUAUUCUCAGAUGCAAAUCUGUGUGCCAUCCACGCCAAGCGGGUCACGGUGUUCCCCCGUGACAUUCAGCUGGCCAGGAGGAUCCGCGGGGUGGACAACCUGUAAGAACAACAUAGUAUAAAGUGGAUAAGCAAGAAUUAUUUCUAGCAAUGUCUGUUCUGAUGCUAUGAUGCUGCGAUUCAUCUGUUCAAACAGUAUAAGUGUUGGAUUUGUAAUUUCUUGGGAAAAGAAAACGUUUUUCAUAAUUUGCCUUGGCAGAAAAUCACAGGUUUAAUGAAAAGUUUGCUUUAAGUCACCUUAACAGUUUGACUGUUAAUAGGAAAAUAAUCCUUGUCAAGCAGUUAUUUUAUACAUUGUUGAAUAAUCUGCUGUUUUUAGUUUGAUCUUUGUGUUGAUACUAGAUAUUAUUGAUGUGUACAUAUUGUUCCCCAUUCCAGUAAAUGUAUUUUGUUAAUAAAGUUCUUUUUCUGUUACUUA